AUGGAUACUAUCGACACGCCGCUAGGCCCUGCAUCUCCAGACGGCGUUGACUGGACGCUAGACAUUCCGGAUACUGAUCACGUUAUUUUUUUCCGAUCAGUACCAUGGCAUUACUCGCUCCUGGGUCCGCUACAAUCCUGGGGAUUCGCGUUACGCCUCUAUACAUAUCAAGUCUUCGCUGACAAGCGUCCGAGUUGUGUCUAUUGGGGCCCGGAGAAGGUUGCCAUUUAUAAUGAAGGCUUUGCCGAGGCUUCAGGAAAGGCUCACCCUUUCUUGAUGGGGCAUACCUUCGCUCAGACUUAUCCUGAGAUUUGUGCUGAUAUCAUGCCUGUCUUUGAAACGGCUGAAAAGACAAAAACAGAUUUCCCCGUCAAAGAGAUUCCUUUGAUGAUCAAGAGAAACAACUUUCUCGAGGAAACACACUUCAAUGGAUGUUUCAUUCCUCUCAGAGAUGACGAUGGUCGAGUGAAUGGCUGGUAUAAUUCUCUGACUGAAAUCACGAGGCAAAAGAUCACCGACCGUAGGCGAAACAUGCUGAAUAUGGUCGCUGUCAUUCCGGAAGGCUGCACCUCGAGGACAAUUGGCUCCCACUUCAUCGACUGCUUCCGCACAAACACACUGGACAUACCGUUUGCGCUGGUGUGGGAGAUAGAUAGCGCUUCUCACACUGCGCAGCCAUCUCGAGGGCUGAAGCUCACGGCAAGUCUCGGUAUACCGGAAGGCCACAGGCUCGGCCAAAAAUAUGGAUGUCUUGACGCCGGGAACGGUGUGUAUCAGCUCUUGAAGAAGGCAGGAACUACGCCCACCACCUUUCCCUGUGGAUCGGACUUCGAAGGUGUUGAGUGGACAGGAUUCGAAGAGCCCUCGCAGCAUGUCUGUGUCGUCCCCCUGUCAACCGCUGGACGAUUGUAUGGAUACCUGUUGGUCGGCGUAAAUUCACGAAGACCAAUCGAUGACGAUCACGAACAGUUCAUGCGAGAUAUUGCAUCCCAAUUGUCCUCAAUGAUGGCGUUUUUGGUCUCCAAGGAAGAAUCGGAAAAGAAACAGUCUCAAUUGGAAAACCGGCUGGCUGCAAGCGAACACCACAUCAGAUAUAUGGCUGAUCACUUGGAUAUUGGUCUCGAACACUUAGGCCUCAACGGGAACGUCCUAUGGGCGAACGAGCACUACUUCAGACUUAUUGAUCAAGAACCGACAGACGACUUCAGCAAGCUGCAUUUACCGUUCAAAACUCAAGUCAUCGAAGAGGACCAGCCAAAAUGGUUAGCAGCCUGGAACGCAAUACUGGAAGGCGUAGCAACCCAUACGACUGAGUUUCGUAUGAAGAAAAUGUUCAGCCCACCGAUUGGUCCGCCAGUAUCUGCGACUGUGAUCGUCUCAGCUGUGCCGUAUGUAGAAGACGGUGAGAUAAAGUCAAUCAUGGCUUGCAUGACGGAUGUCUCGCGUCUAAAAUGGGCCGAGGGAUGGCAGGCACGAGCAGCUCAAGAAGCACAAGAGGCGAAGCGACAGCAGAGCGAGUUCACCGAUGCAAUCUCACAUGAAGUCCGCAACCCUUUAUCCGCUAUGCUGCAACUAGCCAACGGCAUCUCCGCAUCGCUGGACGACCACAAGUUGGCAACGACGAGCGCCGAAGAAUACUUGCACGUGAUUCAGGAGAACGUCGAGGCAGCCAAGACGAUCAUUUUCUGUGCACAGCACCAACGCAACAUUCUCGACGAUGUUUUGGUUCUCUCUAAGAUGGACUUCAUGCUUCUGUCUCUAUCGCCAAGUCCUGUGCAGCCACCCAGUCUUGUGGACAACGCUGUGAAAAUGCUUCAAGCCAACAUCUCAGCUGCAGACCUAGAGAUGAACAUCAAAGCGCAUGAGUCGAUCGUCAACCUUGGAGUCGAUUGGGUUAUGUGCGAUCCCCUAAGAGUCACACAGAUCUUGAUCAACCUCCUAUCGAAUGCGAUAAAGUUUACAAGAUUAGAGAGUCACCGCUGUGUGACCUUGACGUACGGGGCCUCCAUUGAGGAACCAAGAGAAGUUUUCAAAGAAGGACUGGUCUGGGCUGCAACUAAGAAAGAACAUGCAGAUGUCACCACGGAAGAGAUAUGGGGUGAUGGAAAGCAGAUGUAUCUAAGCUUCUGCGUCACUGAUACGGGACCGGGAAUGACACAGGAAGAACGUGCUCGCCUUUUCAACAGGUUCCAACAGGCUAGCCCAAAGACAUCGAUAAAAUAUGGAGGAACAGGUUUGGGACUUUACAUAAGUCACACGCUUACAGAGAAGCAGAACGGAGGCAUGGGCGUUUCGUCACAACCAGGCAAUGGUUCGACCUUCGCAUUCUACGUCAAAGUUCGCCAAUUGGCUGCUCCUCCUACACCAUCCUCAGAGCACACUCUUCAAGCAACGCAAGAGCUGGACAAUCUGAUCAAUCAGGCAAUUCUCAAGAAACAGCUUACCAAAGCCGGCUGCAUCGUUUAUGUAGCCAACCAUGGCUUGGAGGCGCUGGAGACUUUACGUCGGGCAGAUUUAUGGGAAGAAUCAGCUGGUGCCGGCCACAAGCUAGAUGUUGUACUGAUGGAUCUGGAAAUGCCAGUCAUGGAUGGCCUUUCCGCAAGCAGAGAGAUCAGAUCUCUAGAGAAAGCCGGCAAGUUGACAAAGCAUAUUGAGAUUAUCGCCAUCACUGCAAAUGUCCGGAAAGGUCAGGUCGAUCGCGCCAUGGAAGCUGGUAUCGAUGCGAUCAUGGCAAAGCCGUUCUUGGUUCCCGAUCUGCUCGAGACGAUCAAGGCUCGAUUGGGUAGAUGA